UUUGGUCUUAACGACUUUCUGCUCCUCUCACUCCUUUUACUUGGUUUGUUGGUACCAGCAGCCCAGGAAAACCAAGUACCGGCAGCUUUGAAGUCCAAGGGGAUGGCGAGGCUGUGAUGCAGACUGCUGCUGAGACUAUGGCUGCAGCUAAGAAGAGUUGUGCCAAGGUGGCAGGUGCCGUUCGCUUCUCUGAGGCCGGCGCCCCGUCGCAUGUCCACUUUGACGACAAGUUGCACGACUCUGUUGUCAUGGUAACCGCAGAGGAUGAUGGCAACUUCCUGGUUAAGGUGGGCUUUCUGAAGACACAGCACCGCUAUGAAAUCACCUUCACCCUGCCCGAGGUCCCAGCCCUUGGCAAGGACGUGUGUCCGGCGCCGCUAACAAGCCCCCACCUCCGGAUCGUCGACAUCUCGCCUGCUCUGGAGGGAGGCGUAAAGGUGACAUGCGAGUACCUUGCGCAGCAGGAGGGGGUGCUGUGUGAGGAGGUGCAGCUCCUGAGCGAGGACAACCAAGACGUGUGUGUCAAGGUCAAAGUUCACGCCAGAGUCAUGGACCGCCAUCAUGGAACACCCAUGCUGCUGGAGGGAGUCCGCUGUAUCGGGGUGGACCUCGAGUACGAUUCUGAACAGAGUGACUGGCAGGGGUUUUGACUAAUGCACACACGCACACGCUCAAUCCAGUCCUUGCCUUCAUUUUUUGGUCAAAACUAAAUUUAGCCACAAAAGGACAUGAUACAUUUUUUCCAAGUAAAUUGCAGUGAAUAUUUAAUAUUCUUGUUUGACCACAAGGGGGUACUGUAGGCUUUCAUAGUGGUGCAUGUAAAAUGGUAGGCCCUCCCUCAGCUGACCCGAAUGUUUUAAUAUAAUGUUUUAGUUUAAAGCCAUACAAUGCUAAAAUUUACAAUAAAAAGGUUCAACGUUCGCCUUCAGAACACAAGUGCCUUUGUUCUUCCUGUUCUCCUGACGUGUGGAGCAGCAACAUGACCUCCUUUUUACUAAGAUUUUCCACAGCUUUCACCUUCACUCACUGUUAUUUAUUUCUGUUUGCUUUGUGCUUUUUCGCGGCUGCUGUUUUUGUCCUUUGUACCAGUGUGUUUAGAAAAUUGUAAGUAUACCAGGUGUGUCCAAACUUUUAUAAACUGAGGGCCGCAGAUCGAACAUUCAAAGAAUGCUGUUUUGGUACAAUUUACCUUCAAAACUAGUACAACAUAGUUUUUUAAAGGGAAAAAACAGCCUACAUGUCAGCUUUGUGGUAUAUAUAUUAGCAUCAACAUUUUAACUAUUUCUCUUUACCAUACACCCGUUCCCUCUUUUAUUACACUUUUUAUGUUUAUUUGUUUUGUUUUUGUAAAAUAUUUUUUUUAAUGUGCCGCGGGCAAUCAAAAAACAAGCUGCAGGCCCGCACUUUGGACACCCCUGAAGUAUACCAUUAAUUAUGCAGUUCCUUGUUGAGAUUCUAGGUGGUAGUGUAAACUGCUCCAAAGAAUUGGUGGUGAAAGUUUGAUGGCUGCUUACUGACAUUGUUGUUUUUUACAAUUAUCUCAAUUAGUCUUGAUUAGUCAUUAUUGUCUUUAUUUAACACACACAUAACAUUUUGCUUUUUUCCACGGUAAAAAACAUGACUUUUAAAACUUGUUUUAGGUUACACAACAUUUGAUUGAACUGCUUCUUAAUGUUAUAGUUAAUGCAGACAUUACAUGAUAAUGAGAUAUAAUUUUAUGAUUCCAAUAUUUAAAUGAGUUUUUAUUUUUAACUUCCAACAAAAAUGGUAAAGGAUGGCUGUCAAAAUUUGAUGGUUCUUGUUUUGUAUUAGUAAUAUCCUUUUAAAGUGUACAUUACUGCUGUUUGAGUUGUGAAACUGAAAAUAAAAAAUAUUGGGACUCGAAA